AUGUAUCAGGUAGAUGUUCAUGACACUGAUCACUGCAUUCAACACAAUCCACACUGAUCUCUGCACCCAUAGACAAAGCUCUCCCUGAUCUCUGCACCCCCACACCCCAAAACCACAGCCAAUGGCAACUCUGAACAUUGCUCUUGUGGUGGGCGCUCUCUGCAUGGGCACAGCUCUUUCCCUGCAGUGCUACAUGUGUUUAACCCCCGGCACCAACAGCAACUGCCCCAUUAAAACCAACUGUGAGGCAAAAGAAACUUUCUGCAAAACUCUUCUCAGUACGAAUUCUACCGGUCACGAGUCGGAGUAUAAAUCCUGUGCUGUUAACUGCAAAGAGGGUCCUGUUUUCUCUUCUUCCAUUGGAUCGUUGGACAUUUCCUGCUGCAGAACUGACCUGUGUAACAUCAGCGGGGCCCCUGGUGGGACGUGUAGUUCUGCUCUGCUGUCUCUGGCCUUGGCUUUAAUUUCUCUUUACCUGAGAAAUAUAUCGCUGUGAUGUUGUGGGGCCGCACCCAGCGCUGAUCAUUCUGACUCUAUACAGCUGCCUUUAUACAGAUACACUGAAUGAUCCAUAGAGUUACACUGUCCCACUGAUUGUAUAGAAAUAGAAAGGAUCACUGGGGAUCUUCUCUCUAGAGUCCCCACAUUAGUGACCUGCUCUUUCUGUCCCUCCUGCUCAUAAUAAACUACAUUGGGGGAAGGAUUUGCUCAGAUUCCAGUACAGGUAUGGGACCUGUUAUCCAGAAUGCUGGGGCAUGGGGUUUUCCAGAUAAUAGAUCUUUCUAUAAU